AUGGCCCGCGAUGAUACACAAUGGGAUGAUGAUGUUUGCCAAUACUCAAGCAGGGAGAGUGAUGACAGCCCACUGUUAUACAGACAUGACAGAAGUCGACUGGUUAGAGAGAAAGCUGAUAGAAGAUGGCCGGUGACAAUUAUAGCGAAAUUUUCACUUUUCAGCACCGCCAUGAUAUUGUUUUGUGUGUUUAUGUAUAUCCCAGUGUACAACAGAGCAAAUGACCAGAUGCCAAAAGUUGCGGUAGUAGGCUGGUCCAUUCAUACGAAUCGCGAUACAAAAAUCUAUGUACAACCCAAUAAUGUUACGACGAUACACGAGCCCAUAUACAUAUGCCCAAAGAAAAAUCGGGAAAAACUAUUUCUACUCAUCGUAGUGUGUUCGUCGACAACGAACUUCGAGAGGCGGGUCGCGAUUCGGGAGACUUGGGGUAAUUCGACAAACUUUGUGGAAAGUGCGAAGAUAUUUCACGCGGUACACGAGAAAUAUAAGAAUUAUAAUUAUUCGUAUGAUCUGUACGCGGAAAUGAAUUACACGGAUCGGCGGAGACGGGGUGUGGAGCCAGAAGAACGCGUCAGGGUAACGGAAGGUGUUGGUAACAACACUAAAGAUUUUGAACUUAAAGAUGAAGUGGGAUUAGAUAAAACAGAUUCGGCAGUCGUUGACAAAGCAACGGAAGCACUAGAAGAUAAAUAUUCUGUUAAUCAAGAAGAACUACAGCGUACAGUUAUUGCAACGAAAAACAUACAUAGAAAGAGAGAUUUAACCAGUUUCAAUCGGAUACUACCGGAACUUGCUAAAGCGUUAAGCGUUACCAUGACAACGGACGACAAAAUGCUGCCAGAAUUCGAUAUGAAUAAAGAAAUUGGCGGACAAGAAAACGAAGUAGAUUACAAUUAUGAUUACGACACAAAUAUAAUGAAAAUACCACCUCGAGGCGAAGAGAACUUCGAUCUGGAGAAUGUCAUAGCCAAAAUCAAAGAGAAUUAUCCAAAAAGUGAUGUAAACUUCAAAGUUGUGUUUCUAUUGGGGUUGCCAGCUAACGACAAUAGUAGCGAGGUUCAGGAUAAAAUUGACGAGGAAGUGGAUAAAUAUGGCGAUAUUAUACAGGAAGGUUUUAUCGAUUCAUACAAUAAUUUGACUUUGAAAUCUAUAAUGAUGCUAAAGUGGGUGACAAAUAAUUGUGGUGAUAGCGUUCGAUAUAUAUUAAAAACUGAUGACGAUAUGUAUAUUAAUGUGCCGAAUUUGAUGACGAACCUUCAGAAUCGUUCAAAUAUUCACGACCAAACAAAAGAGAAGGAAUAUCUGUUAAUUGGUGAUUUGAUUUGUGGAGCUCGUCCCGUCCUGGAUACGAGUAAUAAAUGGUACAGCCCGCGUUAUAUGUAUUCCGGGAGGAUCUACCCGCGUUAUUUGUCCGGUACGGGCUACGUUUUAAGUACACCAACAGCGCAUGCGCUUUACCAGGCGGCGUUGCGAACACAUUACUUUCACUUGGAAGAUAUUUUUAUUACUGGCAUGUGCUCCCUUCGAGCGACACCGCGUAUAACGCCGCGUGACGAACCGGGCUUUUCCUACAACGGAGGAGGCGGCGCUUGCGCAGUACAUUCGAAGCUGACAGCGCAUCGUGUCACGCCGUACCGUAUGAAGAGGGUCGCUAUGUUGUUGAGAGAUUUGGGAUAUGUUGAUAGAUGUGAACGCUUGCGGCUAACUCAGGUAAGAAAAGACCGCCUAAGACCAAAAAAACCGACGAAAAAACUACCUAAAAUUGCAUUAGGCCUUAUUUAG